AUGCUGCUAUUUUGGCUUCUAAAUAAGUCCCCUACACAUGUUAAGGAAAUACAACUUUAUUUCCCAGUGCAGGGGCAUAGCUUCAUGCCAGUGGACCAUUUAUUUGGUAGAAUUGAGAAAGAUGUGAGAGAAAUACCAGUGAUUACUACAAGGCAAGAAUAUUUUGAAAUAUUUUCUAAACAUGACAGAGUUUGCGAGCUUGGUAAAGAUUGGUGUCUGUAUGAUAUAAAAGGUUUAGAAACUAAUUAUAAAAAAACUUGUGGGCCAUCCAUAUGUAUUCCAUCCAUGAAAAAAAUUAUAAUCAAGAAGUGCAAAUCUCAGGGCAGACAAUUGAACUGCGUAGUAAAAGCUUCACCAAACUAUAGAUUUGAGUCCGGAAAACAGUUUAUAUCACUACUGAAAAGGGGCAGAUGUCACCCCAGAAAUAUAGAACAAAUUCAGGAAGACCGAGGACUGAGUGCUGCAAAGAAAAAUGAUGUGACCAGUCUAUUAACAAAACAGUUCGGUGCCGAUUGGGAGAACCUAUCGGCAUUAGAAUGGUACAAACAAAUAUUAAGCUGUUCUAGAAACAUUGCAGAACAAAAUGAAGAAAUAGAUGAUGAUGAAGCAUGUAUUUGUACUGAGAUGGAUACAGAAGACAUAAGAAUUUGA